GGCGGCGCGGGGGCUGCCGAGUCCACAGUGUUUGUGCCGUGCGAGGAGAAGUCCCGGAGCUGGAAUCCCUCACAUAACCCUCGAAGAUGAAGGCAGCAGAUGAGCCUGCCUACCUGACAGUGGGGACUGAUGUCAGUGCCAAGUACCGCGGUGCCUUCUGCGAGGCCAAGAUUAAGACGGUGAAAAGGCUCGUGAAAGUCAAGGUGGUCUUGAAGGGGGACAACUCAACUCAGUUAGUGCAAGAUGACCAAGUGAAAGGACCUCUAAGAGUUGGUGCAAUGGUUGAAACCAAAAUGCCCGAUGGAUCCUUCCAGGAAGCCGUGAUCAGCAAGCUGACGGAUGCGAGCUGGUACACUGUGGUUUUUGAUGAUGGAGAUGAAAGGACCUUGAGACGAACUUCAUUAUGCUUGAAGGGAGAAAGGCACUUUGCAGAAAGUGAGACACUUGACCAACUGCCACUAACCAACCCAGAGCACUUUGGAACUCCAGUUAUUGGAAAGAAAUCUAAUAGAGGGAGAAGAUCUUCUCUUCCUGUCACUGAAGAUGAAAAGGAAGAAGAAAGUAGUGAAGAAGAGGAUGAAGAUAAAAGGCGCCUCAACGAUGAAUUGCUUGGCAAGGUUGUGAGUGUGACUUGUAAUUCAGAGAAGGCAGACUGGUAUCCAGCUUUGGUGGUGUCACCGAGCUGCAACGACGAUGUCACCGUGAAAAAGGACCAGUGUUUAGUUCGAUCCUUUGCAGAUUCCAAAUUUUACUCAAUAGCAAGAAAAGACAUCAAAGAAUUAGAUCUUCAAAACUUACCAAAAUCUGAGUCCUCUCCUAAGAAAGGGCUACAGGAGGCAACUACGUUUCUCAGCACCAAGGGUGUUCCUAGGAACUGGAAAAUGGACAUCAGUGAAAUCUUGGAGUCCUCCAGCAGUGAUGAGGAAGAUGGAGCUGCUGCAGAAACCGAUGAAGAGGAAGAAAAAAGAGAAGAGAAAACUGAAGAAGUAGCGCCUGAGGAAGAGCUCGAUCCUGAAGAGAGGGACAACUUCCUCCAACAGCUUUACAAGUUUAUGGAAGACAGAGGUACUCCUAUCAAUAAACCACCAGUUCUGGGCUACAAGGACCUUAAUCUCUUCAAACUUUUUAGACUGGUUUAUCAGCAGGGUGGGUGUGACAAUAUUGAGAGUGGUGCUGUAUGGAAGCAAAUUUAUAUGGACCUUGGCAUUCCUAUUUUGAACUCGGCUGCUUCCUACAAUGUAAAAACUGCUUAUAGAAAGUAUCUGUAUGGUUUUGAGGAGUACUGUCGCUCUGCAAACAUUCAGUUCAGGACCAUCCACCACAAUGAGCCAAAAGUGGUAGAAGACACCCAGAAACACGUGGAACCAAUGGAGGAAAGUGUAAAAGAGGAACAAAAAAUGCCCCCAACAGAAGUUAAAAAAGAAGCAGAAGAAAAUUAUUCCAGCAGUGAAAGUGAAAAAGAAGAAGUAGAACUAAGAUCCCCCAGGGGACGAAGGAGACUUGCCCGUGAUGCAACCCCUGCUAAAAAAGAUGGUGAAGAGGAUAAAACACCAGACAAACUAAAAGACAGUAACAAAGAAAACAAAGAUACAGAGGAAACACCUGAGAAUGCAGAAAAGAAAGAAAACGAAACUCCACUAGGGAGGAAAAGUACACCAAAGCAAAAAGAGAAAAAAAUCAAAAAACAGGAGGACUCUGACAAAGAGUCGGAUGAAGAGGAAGAGAGGCAGAGAGAGAGGGAGGAACUUGAGAACAAAGGAGAAUCAGAAGGUGAAGAGGAUGAGGAGGACACAGAACCCUGCCUGACUGGAACCAAAGUGAAAGUAAAAUAUGGACGUGGAAAGACUCAAAAAAUUUAUGAAGCCAGUAUUAAAAGCACAGAAAUUGAUGAUGGAGAAGUUUUAUAUUUAGUUCACUACUAUGGUUGGAAUGUAAGAUACGAUGAGUGGGUGAAAGCUGAUCGAAUUAUCUGGCCUGUGGACAAAGGAGGACCAAAGAGAAAACAGAAGAAAAAAACAAAAAGCAAAGAAGACGGUGAAAAGGACGAGAAGAAGGAUGAGGAGAAACAAAAGUCCAAGCGUGGGCGGCCCCCUCUGAAAUCUACUCUUCCAUCCAACACGUCUUGCAGCUUAUCCAAAACAGCCAACAGUGAAGCAACACCUCGCAGGCAGACGAGACGUAGCUCAGGAAUGUUUGAUUCUGAUAGAGGAUCAAACGACUCUGGCACAUCUGACAGUGAAGCAGAUGAGUCAUCUGAAAAGAAUUUGAAUGAAGAAUUUUCUCCAGAAACUUCAGAACUGGAAAAAGGCGAAAAACUCCGUGAUGAGAAGCUUGAUGAAGAAAACCCAAAGAUCCCUCAUGCAAUGAAAGAAAAUGACAGGACUCAAGUGCAGCCACUAGAAACACUGAAACUGGAAGUUGAGGAAAGUGAACAAAUAGUUCAGAUUUUUGGAAAUAAAACGGAUCAAAUCGAAGAAAUCAAAAGAGAGGCUGAAAAAUCACCCAAGGGAAAAGGGAGAAGGAGCAAGACAAAAGAUCCCUCUCUAGAGAAUGCAAAGAUUGCUCCAGGAGGCCAAGAAGAGGCAGCAAAUGAAUCCCUUACAGAACCUGAAAGGUUAGAUGGGUCUUCCUUGGACUGUAAAGAAAGUUCCAGCACUACUGAAAGUGAGACAGAACCUUCUACAAAAGAUAAGAAGCUUUUGAAAAGGAAAACUCUGGAACAGGCAUCACCUGAGAAGAGAAAUCGGCGGGAGAGUGAGAUGGAAGUGCCAAAUAUUGUAUCUGAAGAGAGGACCAAUGAAUGUACUGGAGCAGAGGAAUGUAGAGGGAUGAAUGCUGAGGAGUCCCUCAGAACUGGACAUGAGGAGAUGCCAUCCCUGGUGGCGGAAUCAGCUCCGCGCGGUCAGGAACUGAGGAGCGACAACUUCCAACGUCCCACUGAAGCCAUGGAGAACGUUCCCUUAAAGGACGAGGACGACACGAUGCCCCAGAUCGGUCCUGAGACUUUGCUGUGCCACGAGGUGGACUUGGACGACUUGGACGAGAAGGAGAAGAGCAGUGAAGACACAAUAGCAGAAAAGCCAGACCCCAAUGCUCCGAACUCCCACCCCUCUGCCUUACCCCCCACGGUCCCCUCGGGAUUCCCGGUGGCCUCUCCCCUGGCCCUCAGCCAGGACGAGUCGCGGAGCGUCAAGAGCGAGAGCGACGUGACCAUCGAGGUGGACAGUGUGGCUGAGGAGUCCCAGGAGGGGCUCUGUGAGAGUGAGUCCGUCAAUGGGUUUGAAGCCAGCACCACAUCAAGCAAUUGUAGUAUUGCUGUGCAAGAGAGAGAGAUGGGAGAGAAAGGUCAAAAAAGACCCAGUGACAGCAACAGUGGAACACUGGCAAAGAAACAAAAGCGAACUCCAAAGCGAACCAGCGCUGCAGCCAAAAAUGAAAAGAAUGGAACAGGACAAAGUAGUGACAGUGAAGACCUUCCUGUGCUGGACAGUUCCAGUAAAUGUACUCCUGUAAAACACCUCAACGCAGCCAAACCACAGAAGAUUUCUCGGUCUCCUGCCAGAGUGAUUUCCCCUCACAUCAAAGAUGGGGAGAAGGAUAAACACAGGGAGAAGCACCACCACCAGAAUGCUUCACCCAGAGUGUACAAGUGGAGUUUCCAGCUCAAUGAACUGGAUAAUAUGAGCAGCACUGAAAGGAUCUCCUUCUUACAAGAAAAACUGCAGGAGAUACGAAAAUACUACAUGUCCUUGAAGUCAGAAGUAGCAACCAUAGACAGGAGAAGGAAAAGAUUGAAAAAGAAAGACAGAGAAGUGUCACAUACAGGAGCAUCCAUGUCAUCUGCCUCCUCAGACACUGGAAUGAGUCCAUCCUCCUCCUCUCCUCCCCAGAACGUGCUCGCUGUCGAAUGCAGGUGAUACACAUUUCUCUGCCUUGCCAGCAACUUGCUGCCAUGGACAUAAAUCCUGAAAUUCAGCCACAGAAAGCACUCAACUGGUCUGACAUUGCCAAGUAUAUCCUGUACACACUUCCACUGCUGGACUGUACCUGUUCUCCCCUCCCACCCUCUUCUUUUGUUUAAUUUACUGUUCAGAGAACUUAAGCUCAUUGGUAACUGAAGGUUUGUAGGCACAACGUGACAUCCUUGUCAUUGUGUUUGUUUUUUGGUUUUUUUUGUUUCUUGUUUGUUUGUUUUUUUUUUCUUAACGCAGAGAAAGGGCACUUAUCAAAUUUGAAAAGUUAUGUCCAAUGAAGCAUUCAGGUGUUCUAGGGUGAUCUUAAAAAAGCAAGUGCACCAAGCAGACAUCAGAGUAUUAAUUACCCAAAAGAACUGAGUAGCUGCUGCACUUUCACCGAGCUGUAGGUAACUCUUGGUGAGUAGUUCCUCUUCGUGGAAGCACUUGCUAUACAGAACUGCCAAAGUAUGUGUUCAGCAACGUGCCCAGUUCUAAAGGUGUAAAUGGGACAAAAUAAAUUGUGAAAGGAAGUGUAGUUGACUGAAAACUACAGUUGUAAUAAGUCUUCCACUUUUUAUAGGAUUUUUGAGCACACAAUUAUGCAAAUAUUUUAAUGUUUAUUAAUGUUUACAGUGGAAUUGUGAAUAGGUUUUCAGUGGACUAUCUUAUCCCUUGACAAAAAUAUUUUGUCUUUUUUCUAUGUAAUUUCAGAGUUUUUAUUUUGUUACAAAAAGACGAAAAAUGAAAUAUAUAACAACAAUGAAGUUAUUUAACAAGAUUUCUAAAGCUGAAAUUUUUGUGUAAAAUAAGGUAUCUUGCAACUUGUUAAAUAUAUUUAUUCAGACAUUGGAUGUUGUAUUUUUAUGUAUUUUUUAAAAUAUUAAUAAAAUUGGAAAAAAAAAAAUUCUAGGUUAGUUCACUCUUUGGAUAAAACAUCCUUCUCAGUUCUGGCUCUUCAGGAGGAGUUAUCCAGUAGCCAUUCCUGUACUUCCAAUGGGUCUGUCUACGUGUCCUCCCCCACACAGAUCUGUCAGUGGGCAUCUGGCUUAAACUAAACUUGAUUUGGAGACUUUGGCAGUCCUAGUACUUUAACUUUGUUUGGAGGAACCAAAUUUCUUGGGUUGCCCUUAAGAUCCUUUGUCACAAGUUCUUCUGUUUGCUGUACUGCCGAAAAAAAUCUCUUAUCUCCCAAAGUUGAGAUGCAACAAUAAAGUAAAAGCGACUGUGUGUGCUCUGCCUGUGGAUUGUCCCACGGGCAGAUGCAGUUUGUAAAUAACUCUUCCAAAAAACCAUGUAUUUAAGACAGUUUGCAUAUACAUUAUGUAUAAAAGUGAUUUUUUUAAUCGAUUUUUUUAUUCAUGUUUGUACAUUGAAAGGGGGUCUGAGCCCCUUUUUCUGUGUUUAAUAUGCUGUAGAGUAAAACCAUAGAUGCUCUAGACUGUAUAUCAGGAUAUUUGGUUCACACGGCAGAGGGUCAGAAGGAAACACUAGUGAUGGCGUAGCAUUACUAAAAUUGAUGUUUCUUGAAAUUUCAUUUUGCAGCAUUUGUCAACUUGUGAUUCCAAUUCCUUCCAUUUUCGCAGAAAAUUAAAGAAAAAGUACUCUU